AUGAUGAAGCAAUUCACUCCCGUCCUGGCUUUCGCCAGCAUGAUCUCCAUGGUCAAUGCCCACGGCUUCGUCACCAGCCCUCAGGCCCGUAUGCCCGGCUCCGCCAUGGCCGCCGCCUGCGGCAACCAAGUCCAGGUGAACCAGGAGUCCGACAACUACGGCAACAUCCAGGGCGAGCUCCAGGUUGCCUCCAGCCAGAGCGACUACAACGCCGCCGAGUGCGCCAUCUGGCUCUGCAAGGGCUACAAGUUCGCCGACAACAAGGAUAACGUCCAAUCCUACACCGCCGGCCAGAAGGUCGACUUCAAGGUUGACAUCCGCGCUCCUCACACCGGUGUCGCUAACGUCUCCGUCGUCGAUACUUCUUCCAACUCUGUCAUCGGCCAGCCUCUCAUCUCCUGGGACGUCUAUGCCUCCACUGCCACCGGUGUCAAAUCCGACGAGACCAGCUUCUCAGUGACUAUCCCCGAUGACCUCGGCAGCCAGUGUGGCACCGCUGGUGACUGCGUGCUGCAGUGGUACUGGUACGCCGAGUCUAUCGACCAGACCUAUGAGUCCUGUGUCGACUUCACUCUCGGCGGUGACUCUUCCAGCUCUGGCUCCAGUGGCUCCAGCUCCAGCGCUGUCGUGAGCUCUGCCCCCGCUACCUCCGCCACUGCUGUCGCUGCUACGACCUCUGCUGCUACUACGUCUGCUGCCAUCGCCAUCGAGACCUCCAUCUCAGCCCCCGUCGCUGCUCAGACUACCUUCGCCACCAGCGCCCGUCAAUCAGCCUCCCCCCCGAGGCCCCCAGCUCCGUCGUGGCUACCGCCAGCGCUGCCGGCUCGGCUCUGCCUUUCCCUACUGACAGUGCUGAGAGUGUCCUGA